GCUACAGUCGUCUACGUCUAUUCACCAGCUGGCACAAAUGAGUACUGUUUGAAAUACGUGUAAUCAUUUACAUGGACAGAAUUCCACAAAAUUGAUAAAUAUUUUUUAUUAUGGAUAUUACGGCAAUAUAAUAUUUAAUUACAUUACAUUAUUUUAAAAUGAAUACCAGAAAUAUAAAUUUUUUAUCACUGAUAAUAUUCUCAAUAUAUUAUAGCGUAUCUACAACGAACCCUACAAUUAAUAGAAAUCCACAAACAAUAAUUUUCGUUAUCUUAACACAACCAUCCACAUACCAUGAAGAAUUAGCACAAAAUUUAGUUGAUGAUAUAAAAGAUCAAAUUUUAGCAAAUUUUGUUCAGGAUCGAAUUAUUUUUCAUAGAAUUAAUGAACAUAAAGAUAAUGCAGCUUGGACAUUUAUUCCUUUAUUUGAGUUAUUAAACGAAGUGUAUGAGGAUAAGUUUGAUUGGAUCGUAUUUUGUGAGGAGCGUACUAGAUUUGACAUACCCAAAUUUGUUACAAUAUUAAAUAAAUAUGAGCCAUCCACGGAUCCAAUUUGGAUUGGACAUGCACUCUACGAUUUGGAAGCAUCAAUCAUACAUCAUUUUGAAUUCCACCAAGAUCCUACUAGCUUUAAAUACCCUAAUACAGGUUCUGGUUUCGUUAUGAGCCGAUCACUAUUUCAUUAUGUUAUGAAUCAAAUAUCAUCGACAACAUUAAAAAAGGAUUUCUCAAUCGAUGCAUCAUAUGAACUUGCUCUGUUUAUUUGGAAAAUUAAUAGUACCAUAACUUUCAAACAUAAUCCGUUAUUUUGCGCAGAAAAAACGGAAAAUUGUGUAACUUAUCCCUUAAAGUUUGAACCUUGCAAAAAUGAGGGGCAGAGUUCAAUAUUAUUUGCAGUAAAGACAUGUCAACAAUUUCACUCAAAUAGAAUUCCAGUUGUUAAAAAUACAUGGGGAAAAUAUUACAACAAGAUUAUUUAUUUUAGUGAUGAAAAUGAUGUUGCGAUACCAACAAUAAAGGUUAACGUUUCAAAUGUACAAAGCGGACACUGCAUGAAAACCAAAUCAAUUUUAAAUUAUUUAUACGAAAAUUUGAAAAAUUAUGAAGCCGAAUGGAUUGCUAUAGUAGACGAUGACACGAUAUUGAGUGUUUCUAGAUUACACCAAUUUUUAUCAUGUUUCAAUUCGUCUAAACCAAGAGCAAUUGGUCAACGUUACGGUUUUGGUUUGACAUCAAAAGAUAAUAAAGGGUACAAUUACAUAACUGGGGGUGGUGGAAUAAUAAUAAACAAACCACUUCUUAAGAAAAUAAUGAAAAAAAAUAUCUGUCAAUGUGAAUCACCAGAAACUCCGGAUGAUAUGUUUAUUUUUGGAUUAUGCCUUUCUCUUUUGGAUGUUCCAAUUAUACAUUCUUCACUAUUUCAUCAAGCACGCCCAUCUGAUUAUGCACCAGCAUAUUUACAGUCUGAUCCACCAAUUUCAUUUCAUAAACAUUGGAUGGUUGAUCCACUACAAAUUUAUCAGGAAUGGUUUGAGGAACAUGACUCUCAAUGGUAUAAUUCGAACGUUAAAAAUUCUAAAAUACAUGAU